UAUGGAUCAGAUGGGAGAAAACGCGUUGCUGUUAUGUGUUCUCAAUUGGCUGCUUUCACAUUUUCGACUAGCGGGGUCUUUAACCACUACGCAUUCUGUAAAUUUCCUUUGCUUUUCUCAAAAGUGAAACAGACUUAUUCUCAUUUUUGCUUUUGUUAAGUCAACUCUCAUUCCAUUUGCAAAGGAGUUGUAGGAAAUUUGGAGUAAACGGAGCGACAUAGAUCACAGGAAGCUUGCAAAGGCGAUCGGAUCUGAAGCUUGUUUUGAUAGGAAAUCAUGGCUGAAGUUGUGGGUGGAGCUUUUCUCUCUUCUGCACUUGCUGUUCUGUUUGAUAGGAUGGCUUCCCGUCCGGUUGUUGACUUCAUCCGAGGAAAGAAGACCACCGCUGGGCUGCUCCACAAGUUGAAGAUUAAGUUGUUGUCGGUUAAUAAGUUGCUCGAUGAUGCAGAGGAGAAGCAACUCAGAAACUCUAGAGUCAGGGAUUGGCUUAAUGAGCUUAAAGAUGUUCUCUAUCAUGCCGAUGACCUGUUGGAUGAAAUCAAGACUGAAGCUCUGCGUUGCAAGAUGGAACAAGAAGAUUCUGGAAGCAGCAGCACAAAUCAGGUACUCAAGUUUAGUUCUAUUUCCAUUCAUGAACUUGACGAAAGUCUGGAACCCAGGAUUCUGGAGAUUCUUGAAAGAUUAGAACUGAUUGUCAACGAAAAAGAUGUGCUUGAUUUGAAAGAGGGUGUUAAGGAUAGACCACAAGGAAGACUGCCUACAACUUCUUUGGUAGAAGAGUCUAGUGUAUACGGAAGGGAUGAAGAAAAGGAGGCCAUUAUCAAGUUAUUGUUAGCGGAUGGUAUGACUGGAAAUAAGAUAGAUGUGCUUCCAAUUGUGGGCAUGGGUGGGCUUGGAAAGACCACUCUUGCUCAACUCGUCUACAACAAUGACAGAGUCGAGCAACAUUUUGACCAUCAAUCAUGGUCUUGUGUUUCAGAAAAAUUUGAUGUUAUCAAAAUAACACAGACAAUUUACGGGGCGGUCACUUCACAAACUUGUACCAUCACAGACCUAAACAUGCUUCAAGUUAAACUAAAGAAGGCGUUGUCAGGGGAGAAAUUUCUCUUUGUUCUUGAUGAUGUUUGGACUGUGACUAAUGACGAGUGGGAUCUCUUAAGCCGACCCUUUGAGGGUGGAGGUCAUGGAAGUAAGAUCAUUGUCACAACACGUCAUGAAGAUGUUGCAGGCAUUUUAGGUACCCUUCAAAGUCAACAUCUAAUGCAACUAUCUGAGGAAAAUUGCUGGUCGUUGUUCUCAACACAUGCCUUCAAAAAUGCAGGUGCCACUGCAGAUCCGUUGCUUGAAGUGAUUGGAAAACAGAUUGCUCAAAAGUGUAAAGGACUCCCUUUAGCUGCAAAAUCACUUGGGGGUCUUUUAUGUUCUGAACCAAAUAUUGAGAGAUGGGAAGAAGUAUUGAACAAUGACAUAUGGAAGUUGCAAUAUAAAAAGAAUGGCAUUUUGCCAGCUCUAUGGUUGAGCUACCAUUAUCUACCUCCACAUCUGAAGCGCUGUUUUGCUUACUGUUCCAUAUUUCCGCAAGAUCAUAUGUUUCACAAACCAGAUCUGGUUUUGUUGUGGAUGGCUGAAGAUCUCUUACCGUCGAAAUUGAAGACUACAUUUGAGGAAGUCGGAGGGAACUACUUUGAUGAUCUAGUGUCAAGGUCGUUUUUUCAACAUGAACUAUAUCAGCACUUCACAAUGCAUGACCUCAUUCAUGACCUGGCAAACUUUGUCUCCGGAGAGUUUUGUGUUAGGUUGGAGGACAAUGACUCAGUGCUGGACAACAAAAGCAAGAGUCGCCACUUUUUUUGUGUGACCCCCGGUUUUAAUCAAUGGGACAGUUUUUAUGAAGCCAAGUAUCUGCGGACCUUUCUUGUACCAGAUUCGAUAUCCUUCCAAUGCUCCAGAGGUCCUGACUUAGAUGAUGAUAUUCUCUUGAAACUUACGGGUUUAAGAGUGCUCAAAUUAUUAGGGUACAAUAUUGGUGAGCUGCCUAGUUCAAUUAGCAAGUUGAAGCAUCUAAGGCACUUGGACUUGUCUGGCACAUCAAUUAAAAAGUUACCUGAUGAAAUGUGUACUUUAUAUAAUUUACAGACUUUAUUGUUGUUGGGUUGUGAAUCUCUAGUUGAGUUGCCAACUGAUUUGGGAAGAUUAAUCAACUUGCGUCAUCUUGAUAUUAGAGACACAAAAAUAAAAAAGAUGCCCCCAAGGAUGGGUAAAAUGAAAGAGCUCCAAACAUUAAGAGGUCAGUUUGCCCUAGACAAGUGCACUGGUGAUAACAUUGUCGAGAUUAAAGAGCUUCAGCAGUUGCGCGGAACACUCUGUAUCUCGGGGCUUCGUAAUAGCGUGCAUGUCACAGAUGCCAUUAUGAGAAAGAAGAAGCAUCUGGAUGAGUUAGUUUUGGAAUGGGGAGGCAAGUCUGGUGACACCGACGAUAGACAAAAAGAGAGAGAUGUGCUGGAGAACCUCCAACCUCAUACAAACCUAAAAGAACUCACCAUUCAAUCUUAUGGGGGCACAAGAUUUCCAGGUUGGUUGGAAGAUCAUUCUAGUUUAUCUAAUCUGGUUCGCCUUCAACUUCUGGAUUGUGGAAAUUGUUGGUCGUUGCUGUCAGUUGAGCAGCUACCCUCCCUCCAAGAGCUUGAGAUUGAAGGAUUUAAUGGAGCGCUGACUGUGGGUUCUAAGCCUUCUCCUAAUCUUCGUAAGCUUAGUCUGAGGUCUUGUCCCGAGGUAAUCGGGACAUUCAUGUUAGCCUGCUUCCCAAAGCUUGAAAUACUCAAAUUGAAGCAUGUUAAUGUAGAAUCUCUUGAUUCCGCUACACUCCUCGCCCUAGUCAAACUUUCAAUAUUUUAUUGCCCAAAAUUUGUUGGUUUUCGCGAUGGAGGGCUGGACGCGCCCAGCUUGAUGAUCUUAAAAGUCGAAACAUGUCCGAAACUGAGGUCAUUGCCGCAACACAUGCACAACCUUCUCCCAUCUCUCAGCUACUUUGAACUAUCUGAUUGUCCAGAAUUGGAAUCAUUUCCCGAAGGGGGAUUGCCGUCUAAGUUGGAAGUCUUGCGCAUCCUGCGUUGCAAGAAACUUCUCAUUGGAAACCGUAUGCAGUGGGGUCUACCAACACUCACCUCUCUUGAAUUCUUGAGCGUCCACUUUGAGGGAUGUGAACAAGUUGUAGAUUCAUUUCCAGACGAGGGGCUGCUGCCCACCACUCUCUCACGACUCCAGAUCAAUGGUAUUUCGAAGCUGGACGGCAAGGGGUUUAGGCAACUCACCUCUCUUAAACUGUUGGAAAUUCUCAAUUGCCCAGAACUCCGGUGCUUGCCAGAUGAAGAGCUACCCACUUCUAUUAAUUAUCUGGACAUCUAUGAUUGUCCUUUACUAGAACAACGUUGCCAGAGAGAGACAGGGGAAGAUUGGCCCAAGAUUGCUCACGUCAAGACCAUUCGAGUAAUUUCCAAUAAGUAUUCUAGUUCUUCUUUCACGAGUCUCUUCAUCUAGGAAUCUAUCUUACAACAAGGGCCUGACAGGAACACUCCCAGCAGAAAUUGGGAGUUUAAAGAAGCUAUCUAACAUAGUCCUGGUUGGUUGCAGCUUCUCUAGUCUCAUCCCUCCUACUAUAGGGUCCCUACAGGAGCUAAUAUCUCUGCUCUUCGAAAGUAAUCAACUCAUUGGCAGCAUCCCUUCCAGCUUUGGACUUGUAAAGUCUUUGGAGGUUGUGAUUCUCUACGUUAUGUCUUCGUUGUGGACCACAUCAGAGUGUUUUCAUAGAUGAAGCAGUGUUUGAAAGAAUGUAAUUGCAGGUGGCUCUAUUACUUUCAGCACCAACUUCAUUGUCGCCUCUUGGUUCCCUGGUUGAUCCGGUCACUAUCCAGUUUAGAGCCUCUGAAUCAUCAAUUAUUGAAAAGUUCUAGGUACAGUUCUGAGCUAAGCAUUCUCUAUGCAGAUCUUCUUUUCUGAAGUUUUCUUAGGAUUCCCUCCUCUCAUAAUUGGCAGGGCAAUGUGUGCUGCUGUAUAUAGGCUGUUGUCUUCUAAUAAAAGAAAACUUCACAAACAGGAUGUGUACAAAGAAUUUCCUGGACUCCUGAGAUGUGUAAAUGAUACUAAGAAGUGACAUGGCGAAAUGAAUCCCAAGGAUGAUGGAGGGAUCCAUUCGGAAUGGAGGAGAUGAAAUUCUAGAAGUGAAAAUGGGAUAUGCAAAAGAGAAAUUAGGUGACAAGUCUUUACAGACGGCUCUGCUAUUAAGGCUUCCAAAAAAUCAAAGAAUUUUGAUGCUGCACAUCAGGGGAAGCAAACUUUUGUGCUUGUAAGUGAUUGCUGGCUUGCUGCAAGUGGAAUGGAUAUUUUACUGUGCUGCAAUAUGCUUGUAGAGGAGAAAAACUGAAGCAGUAAUGAAUUUGUGAAACAAUGUUCAAAUCUUCAACUUUUUUCCUUUUUCUAUAUGCAUUUCAGUGUAAUGUUAUAAUCUUGAGACAAUGAGAGUAGAUUACUAGACAGUCUCAUGUUAUAAUCUUCAAUUCUUGCAUUAGAAGUUUGUCUCACGACACUUGGGCAUGGAACUUUCAGAGUUUCAAGUUUCAUAAACACUUAAACAAUUCGAACUUCUUUACUUAUUUGAUCUUUCAUGCC